AGGAGACACAGCUACUCAUCUGGGACCUCUCUGUCCACACUCUGACCCCGUGUAAGCUGCACGGAAAGUGUCCAACAAUGAUGUCAUGUGUACAUUUCAAAGUUGCAUCCACAUUUCCCAGUGUCCACCCUCAAUCCAAUUCACCCCCUUUCAAAGUAAAACACCAGUAAGAUCGAGAGAAUGCAAGCAGAAGCGUGGUUAAAACCCAGAAAAGAGAUCUAGCACUGAGCUCGCCCUUUAAUUCCAAAGACUUGUUCCCUCCUACUGAUUGGAAACGAUUGACAGGCUGGAGCGCUGUUGCGCUCGGGCAGUUGCCUAGAAAUGUGAGUCUUUAAAUCGAGAAUUAAUCAGUAACUCGCUGGCAGAGACUGUGAAGUCAAAGCUCGAAGAAGGAACUUGCAGGCGGGCGUUAGGAUACAGCUGGCAGGCUGGAAAAGAAGAUGAGGUUUUAGACAUUGACGCUGAUAUAAACACCCAGUUUGUUACAUCUGGGAGUCUCUGUCCGCUGCGGCGCCAACUCAGGAAGCAUCAGUUCCUUUGGAACGAACAGCAGGGUGACACACAUUAAUACAACAUAUUCCACUUAAAGUUCCUUCUGUUGCUGGAGUCAACUGGAAAUGCCAGUUGAGUCGAGGUAUUCUGAGAUGGACUUUGACGUUAAACCUAGGAAUAAACUUCAGAGUAUCGGAAGAAUGGGAAGUGGUGACAGUGGCUUCGGUUCCAGAUCCAGAAACUCCAAUCUGGAUGAUGACUUCAUGAAUUAUAUGUCUCAUGAGGAAAAGGAGUGUAUUCUGUUCUUCGACACAACUUUGGAUUCGCUGAAUGAUGAUUUUGAGGAAGGUUGCUCUGUGUGCAGUGUAAAAAGUGAAGAUCCAGCCACACCAACACAGACUACCCUGGGAACUGACGAAAUCAUUGACUUAGUGAUGACCCGAUCUCAGACAACAGAAUGUGUUCCUAAAUAUGACAAUAUUCCUCCAGUUGACAAAGACGAUGGCAUGUUUCAGAAAGAGGUGUCUCAGACCAAGCAAGAGAAAGCUCAGCUGGGAGAACUGCCCACCCCCCACACAGCACAGGUUAAAAAGCAAAGAAGCUUUGAGAGAACUUUACCAGAAUUGGAAAUAGAGUCAGCCAGAGCCUCCUUGAGCCAGACAAAGCCGCCUGGAUCAGUGCCAACUCCAAUGGUUAUCGCACAGAAGAUUGCGGAGAAAAAGGUUGGGAAUGGGGUCACAUCGCCCUUGUCGCCAAAAGAAUCCAAGUGGUUCGCUUCCGAAAAUGAUCAGACAGACUCGAUCUCGCCAACUGAGAGUCACGAGUUUCAGUAUAGAAAUGUGAAGCUCCAAAGGUUCCCAUCGAACAUUAGCAUUUCAAUGGCCAACAAGGAAUACAACAACACCAUCACCAAAGCAGCUGUGAAAGUACAAGAGCGUAAAGCCCAAGUGUUGGCCAAUCUGGGUGGGACAAGCCUCCUUGCUGUUGAGUCUGACGACAGGCUUCAGAAAAAUAAACUCAAUGGCCCGAAGCAGAGCUUGUCGUUCAAAGAGGUGGUAGCAAACCCACCAAGAGGCGAGGCCCUGAACAAACUGGAACAGGUCAAAGAGUCGAACGAGACUGCAUUGGAUAAUCCCAGUGGCUUCAAACCAAAGAUCAGGAAUUCUGCUUCUUCUCAGUCAAUGAAGGCACAGCCUGUCUCCAACGGUGCCCCUACAACUAAUUCUGUGGCCCCACCUGUGAAAGCUCCCAUUUCCAAGCCCGAAACAAAAGAGAUGCCUCAUCAUGGUCCAUUAAUAACCACUUCUGAAAUUCACAGGUCAAGGUCCAUUCAAAAACCAUCUGGAUUUAGGCCUCAAGGAAUAACAGUCCAGUUUUCAGGCCGUGGAGCAACAGAUGAGUCACGCAAAGAAGCAUUACGGAAAUUGGGCCUGCUGAGGAGCAAUGACAUUCAGUGAAAACGUGACAAACACUUUUCAGGAACGUUUUAUGAUGCCUUUUGUUUAAGAACAAGGAAGAUGAUCUUUCUUCCAUGCAGCCUUUAAAUAUAACCAAAAGGAUUUCUUUAAAGUGCUAGUGUUUGACUAAUGAUAGCUAGCUUAUUUUUGAGCGAUCGUAAUGACACAUUGACCAAAGGGCCUGAAAACUGAAGUAGAUUCUCACUGAUCUCUUUCUCAUUCAAUGGGGCCAAGGGAAACUAAGUAGAUGACAUUAUUGACCAGAAUGGAUCAAAUUCAGGUCAUUGUAUUUGUGAUUCUGGUCUCUUUGAGUUUAUUUUGAGCACUGUGCAAUGUCCCAAAUGCAUCUAAAAUGGAAAUAUUGGUGAGUCUUGGGCUAUCUAAGCUGUGGGAAGGCUAUUUCGUAAGUUAUAGACCAUCUUUAAUGUCACAAACCUCACCAAUAAGAUGUAACUCACCAAAUCAUAAUUAUAAGGCAUGGAAGGACUCGGCUCAUUUGCGCAAUUUCAUUGCCCAAUAUACAACCGUCACAAUGCAGCUAUAACCCAGUGACAAGUUGUUAAGUACUCUGUUUACAAGAAGAAUACUGAAAUACCGUACAAGACCUGUAGCCGCUUUUGGUGAAUGUAUUUGCUUGUUUGAUCUGUGCUGUUAAAACAGGAAAGCAUGGGCCUUAGCUACUAGACUGGACUAGACUAUCCAUACUCGAAAAUGCCAAUAGAGUGACACUAUGUCCCUACACCAAACAGAUCCACCAACAGCCAACAUGUGAAAACAAAAACCGUCGAAAAGUGUGCGCAGCAAACCAGUCCUUCUGACUUAAACUCUAAAUAAAAAAGAAACCCAAAAGAAUUGGGGAUGUUGGACAGUGAGUUAAAACUGGCUGUGUCAGUCACACUCAAUAGAAUUGGACUAAUCUGCCUGCUACUGAUUAGAGGGCAGGACUCGAAGGACCAUUCAAUAGUGGAACUUACCUUUACGAAAAGUCAAUACCAUUUUUAUUUUUAUUACAUUUAGCUUAACAUUCUAUAUUAUGAAAAGACAAAAUCUAAUUUUAAGCAAUACAAUAAUCUUUAUUAUUUGCAGGAGCAUAUGAUUCCAUUCAUAAAGUUGUUGCAAUCGGAAACAGUAAAUUUAUGAACAAAGUACAAUUUUAAAUCACAUUAAGGGGAAGGAAAGUAAGGGAUGUGUUUUUCUUUUGGUCAAAGUGCUUUUUAGUGGAAGAAAUCACAAUGCCUAUUUUAAUAGGAUAAAUUGCUGAUAAUGUCCUUAGCGUCAGAGAACAGAAUCUCUUCUCUAAACUCUGCUAAUCUGUCAGCUGUGAACUCUAGCAAGGGUCUGUGUGCAAAUCAAGGAAGUGCAACUUUGUAGAGAGUAUAGUUCGAGCUAUCUAAACCACACUAAUGUUGUAAAUUCUUCACAAAACCUUGACGUGGAGGUGCCAGUGCUGGACUAUGUCAGAAGUCACACGACAUUGAAGGAUCAGCGAGACUCAGAAAGCUUGUGAUUUCAAAUAAACCUAUUGGACUAUAACCUGUGUCACUUCUGACUUCACAAAACCUCAGGUCCUGUGCUCCUCCCAUUCAAGGUCUCUCAUUCUAGCCUCUACCAAACAAAUUGCUCUCAAACCCUCUGUUCCAUCAUUAACUAUUUUUUGCACUUAUUGCCUGUCCCAUUUGCCCUUGAGAAGGUGCUGGUAGUGACCUGCCUUCUUGAACCACUGCAGUCCCUAUGCUGUAGAGACACUGUAAUGCUGUGAGUGAAGGGAGUUACAGGAUUUUGACCCAGCAACACUGAAGGAACGGCAUUAUAUUUCCGAGGCAGGACGUGUGAGUGGCUCAGAGGGAGAUUUGCUGGAGGUGAUGUUCCCAUAUAUCUGCUGCCCUUGUCAUUCUGGAGGAUAUUAACCCCUUCUCUUGAUUACCAAUCCAAUGGCAUUGCCACUACAUCACCAUCUGUGCCUGUUGCCUCUUCUCCAAACUCCCUAUCGUGCUGAAAGUGUGACCUUCCCGGUUGUGCACGUCCUCUUCCAGAAUUCAGUUGGAAUCUAUCCACUCAUGUUUCUGCCCCUCUCACAGCUCUGAUGUAACCUUAACCAUGUCUAGGCAAGCGUCCUGCCUGGCUGCAAUCAGAGCACUUUAGUUUUACUUAUCUUCCUCAUCCAUCCUGCAACCUUUGAUGUGUCUGAUCACCUGGAUCUUCCUGCAAUCUCAGUCCAUGCACUGCCCAGUUCAGCAAAAGCUGCCUGCACCUGGUUCUACGUUUUAUCAUGACUGUGUGGAGUAUCUCAUUUCUACCUCUACAUCAUGAAUGCAGCAGCGAGCCAGGUGUCCAUCAUUAGCCUCCUGCCCUUUUCUCAAUUCCAUGCCCCUUGGAGACAUCAUUCGCUAAAAGCUAAAAAUAAAGAUAUGUGCACUUUUUGAUGUGCUUGUGAUGUUUGGCUGCAGGAACAUCAAUGGUUUCCAGAAGACCCUCAGACAACCCUUGAGCCUUGACAAUGUCACCCACUCACUAUGGGAUUGACACACUGUGCCAAAUAUUAGAAUCGUACUGGUUACAGCAUGGACAGAGGCCAUUCAGCCCACCCUACCUGUGUUGGCUCCUUGCAAGAGCAAUUCAGGAGGAGUGCCUUCUCAUAUCCAAUAAAAUAAUGACACUCAACUGCGAAUUUGACAGUUAUUCAGCAAAGAUAUUCACAGAUUAUCAAAAAAACUGCAGUUAGGGAGUAACCAGGAAGUAAACUAGGAAAAAUAUCUCCCUAGUUGAACAGACAGACAGGCAUCAUCGUAUUUGGAACUCUUUAUUUCUCUGAAAAGAAUUUGGAAGUUUUGGGGUCGUAGCAGGGUAUGUGAGCUAGCUCUGGGACUGAUGUACUUUUUAUUCUAGUCAGGUUACAUGGAUUGGCCAUGCUAAAUUGCCCAUAGUAUCCAAGAAUGUGCAGGCUAGGUAGGUUAGAGUAACAGGGACAAGUUGGGGGUGUGGGUCAGUGUGAGAUGCUCUUUAAAGGGAUAGCAUGGACUCAAUUGUCUGAAUGGCCUGUUUCCACACUUUAGGGAUUUAUAACCAAGUUUUGUGGACCCCAGUCAGACAAGAUGAGUUGAAUUACAGAUCAUCCCUAGUCCAAUAGAUAUCUUAUAAUCAAUCUGUUCAGAGAUGUUAUUACACACCUCUGGGGUAGGUGGGGUUUGAACCCAAAUGGAAUGGCUCAAGAAGCCAUUUGGCCUACCCCUCAUUCCUACCUGCUCAGUUUGUAACUUGGUUUCCAACGGCCUGGUUGCACCAGAGCAGUUUGAAGCUGUAUUGCUCUCCUGGGCUAUUGUGAUUGGGAUGGCUCCUACUCUCUCAGGGGUAGCUCCUUGGAACUCACCCCAUUGCAGCAGCAUUGCACAGAAGGGAACCCACUCGCAGUGUUGCAAUUUCCAAAACAAAAUGGUCAAGUAGUAAAUUUCUGGCAAGACCGUUAUUCUCCCAUCCCUUAGACUUUCCUUCCUUUUUAUUUACUUCAGUCGGUAGGGUGUGUACAAAUGGGAUGUUUUGUGUAAAUAUGUAUGAAUGGCAUUGUAACAAAAUACUGUACAUAACCUACACAGAUGCUUCAGGUCAAAACCCUUUAUUCAGUGCCAUCUCUAUCCAAUAAACUGACCCAUUCACAACUACUACAACUAUUAACUCCAAAUCAUGUUUUCCACAGAAGCCUACCCAUUUUUCUUGCUAACAGAAGGUUUAGACCAUGUGUUUAAAACUCAGCAGUUUCUUUUGUAAGUCAUCAUAAGUACAGAUAACACACCACUAUCUGCGGGCAGCCACUUCUUUGGAGUCUUCGUAGACUUGGUUGGGCUUUCACUCAUGGUCAGCCUUAAUUUUGGGAUGUUGAGGCAGUUAAUUGAAAUAUAUACAUGAAUCAAACCCUCAUUUCAGGGGGGUAACAUCUCACCCUCACUUGUACAAGUGAUGUGGUUGAGAAUUAACAUUCCAAUCACUGUUGCACUGUUCCUGAGAAUGACACUCCAAACAAGACAUUUUGGAAAGUUAGACCAUAGGAGCAGGAGUAGGCCAUUCAGUCCCUCAAGCAUUCUCUGCCAUUCAAUAGGCUCAUGGCUGAUUCAACAUUCCUCACAUCCUCUUGCCUACUCUUUCCCUGUGACCCUUGACUCCCCUGAUCAAGAGUCCAUCUGUCUCGGCCUUAGAUGUACGCAAGGACUCUGCCACACAGUUCUCAGUGGCGAGGAGUUCCAAAGUCCCUCAACCCUCUAAGAGAACAAAUUCCGCCUCAUCUCAGUCUUAAACUGAUGCCCCUUUAUUCUGAGACUAUCCCUCUGGUCCUAGACACUCACAUGAGGGCAAAUAUUUUCUCAGCUUUUACCCUGUCAAGCUCCUUAAAUUGUCGUCACACAGUCUAUUCUUACUGUGGUCUGUGUUUUACGACGUUAUUGCUUAAAUCGAUGUAAUUUUUUGUGUGCUGUCCAUCUAUUCAGUUAUUACUUUUUCCUGCAUUACAAGGUUCCUUUCUCCUGCUUCCUGACUGAUUGGUUAAAAGGUUUUUGUGGUGAACAUACAGAGUUGCGAGUUACCAAUGGGGUGGAUCACCCACACUGGAAUAGUGUGAGCUGGCCACUAGUUACAGUAUAUUCAUAAUGUGAAGAGCUUAUUAAUAUUCAGCUCAUCAUACCAAAUAAAACUAGUGAUGGGCUGUUAAUGAAUUUACUAUUAAAGAUUUUAUUAUAUUUGUGUAUAUAUUUUAUGUCUUUUCAACUAAUCAUUUUGAAAUACAUCCCGAUUUUAAAAGAUAUUUACGCACAUUGCAAAUAUUAAAGUUUUAAAAUUACUUUAUUAAUUACUUCACUUGUGUUCACUUGAUAAAUCACACAAAUGUACACCUAAGUGCAGUUAUCAAACAAAAAAGACAAUAUUUGUUUCUAAAGACACUGUGAAUGUUCUGGAACAGUUGCGCAUAUU